AUGGUUUAUCUUCGUCUAUGGGCUGAGCAACUUGAUUGUCCAAUCUUAUCAGUUAACUAUUCUCUGGCUCCUGAAGCGCCCUAUCCACGCGCUCUGGACGAAUGCUUUUAUGCAUUCUGCUGGGCUGCAGAAAACCGAAUGCUACUCGGUUGUCGACCAGACGCACGGAUUGUCAUCUGCGGCGACUCGGCAGGUGGCAACCUUGGUUUGGGCGUCUGCCAACGGGCCAUCUACUUUUCCCUUAAUGCUCAGCCGGCUGGGAUACUUGUCGCCUACGCUCCUACGCUAGUUGCCCCGGUGCCGUCACCAUCGAGAAUGCUCAGCCUCUGUGACCCUCUUUUGCCGAUGGGUAUUAUGCUUAGCUGUAUUGCCGGUAUGUUCACUACUCUUCUGGCUGAAAUCACGCAUAAGCAAAUGCUUGUUCAGGGCUUCUUAGAAUAA